AUGGUGUCCCGGGCUGGCGGCUGGCCUGUGCAUGGUGGCGUGCUUCCACGGGGAGCUCUGUUGUGGCAGCGUUCCAUGGUUAAUACUACGCGCACAACUUUUCUCCGCGGUCCGCCGGGUCGCCGGCAGAUCGACAAGGGGAAGGGUCCUGAUGACUGGAGGGGACACAAAACAGCUAUGGUUUCUCAUGCUGGAGAUGACAGAGCUGUCGUUGAAGCCCUACAGUCAAUCGAGAAAGAGGAAGAGGUGGAGUUCCAAGGAGAGGCUGUUGCUGCAUGGGUUGGGGCGGCAGUUGCCUUUGGAGCUGGUGUGUGGUACUUUCUAGGUGUCGAAAAGGCAGAAGAAUACUUUGCCGGCUACCUCAUGGAGCAAAGCCUAUCCCUAGACAAUUUGUUUGUGUUCAUUCUGGUGUUCAACUACUUCCAGACGCCCACAGAAUGCCAACCCAAGGUGCUGUCAUAUGGAAUCGCAUCAGCUGCAAUGUUGCGCCUUGUGAUGGUCGGUCUCGGGGUGGAACUGAUCGAGUCCUUCAAGCCCGUCUUCCUAGGGUUUGCACUUCUGCUGCUGUACUCGUCCUUCAAGCUCAUUGCUGAGGGCGAUGACGAUGAGGAGGACCUCGAAGAAAACGGUGUCGUGAAGUUCUGCAAAGGGGCCAUGCGUGUGUCCGAUGAGUACGAUGGAGAUAACUUCUUCACUGUUGAGGAUGGCGUGCGAGUAGCGACUCCGCUUCUGCUCGCGCUGGCCGUGGUGGAGAUCAGCGAUGUGGUCUUUGCCGUGGACUCGAUCCCCGCUGUCUUUGGCGUGACCCUGGACCCGUUCAUUGUGUACACGUCCAACAUGUUCGCAAUAUUGAGCCUUCGGUCCCUCUACGGCUUCGUCAGUGUCAUCAUGACCAGGUUGAAAUUCCUCGACAAGGCCGUUGCGCUAGUGUUGGGCUUCAUUGGAACGAAAAUGAUUGCAGACUUCUCAGGUUACCACAUAUCCACAGAGCUGUCGCUGCUGGUGGUCGGGUGUCUCUUGGGCGGAGGAGUCGCAACCAGCCUUUGGCUGCCGGAGCCGACAGACGCGGCGUAG